AUGCUGCCUUCUCUACGGAAAUCCUUGUCUGCAGUUUCUCGAGCCACCGCAGUCAGAAGCAUCAGCUCCCAACAGAUUUUCGACCGGGAAAAGAAGUACGGCUGUCACAACUACAAGCCGCUUCCUGUUGCUUUGGCUAAGGGAAAAGGUGUUAGAAAAUUGUCUCUUUGUCACUAAUAGUUUUCGUUUUCUUGGUUUUAAGCUUUAUUUCGCGGGCAAAGUCCAAACGGUCUCAAAAAUAAGAUUCUAGAGCUCCUUUUUGAGUUCUUAAAAAAAAGAGUGAAAGUUUCUUGGAAUCUCUUUUUUCACCUUUCCCCACCACCUUCUUUCUUUCUCUCAAAAGGUCAAGAAAAAGAAGAGCAAGGCCUUUUUUCCAAAGGUUUUUUCGCGGUUUUCUGGGCUUUGCCCGUUUUUCCCUUUAUACUUUCUUGAAUGUUUGAUUUUUCGUAUUACUCGAUGAUACAAAGAUCCGUAUCAGUGUUUCAAGUUUUUUUUUCAUCGACGCUCGCGAAAGAGAAAGUUUUGAUUAGUUUCACGUGGUUUUGUUUGAGUGGAACGAUUCAAUCAUUUGAAGUAUAUAUUUCUGGAAUCUCUUUUCAGGGGUUUUUCUUUGGGAUGUCGAAGGCAAGAGGUACUAUGACUUUCUGGCGGCAUACUCGGCUGUCAACCAGGGGCAUUGCCAUCCUAAGCUUCUCAAGGCAAAUUGAAGCGUAGAAAUCCGCCUUGAAUAUUCAUUUGAGGUCAUGCACGACCAGGCGCAAACACUCACUUUGACCUCUCGUGCCUUUUAUAACAACGUCCUUGGCGAGUACGAGGAGUACAUCACCAAGCUUUUGAAGUACGAUAAAGUCCUUCCAAUGAACACUGGUUUGUUUUUUCAUUCCCAAAUUUUGUUACAAAUAAGUCUCAGCUUCUAAUCGAAUAAUCUUGACCUGUCUGAAAGUUUAGACUUUUUAAACCUUUUGAUUCCGCUCUAACUAAGAAGGAAUACUUCUAUAAAUUAUAAAAAAAUUCGGGAAACUGUUUUCAAAAAAAUAAUAGUCCGAAAAGCAGGCUUGUGCUUCAGGUCGGGCGACCCUGGGCGGUCUUACCCGGCUUUUGGGCUUUUUUUUGAGAAAAGUCCUGAACGGGCGUUGGCUUCAAAGUAAAUUCUUCAAUUUCAAUAAAAAAAAUUUUCACCGAAACAUUAUUUUUACUUGUUAAAUAAUUUUUUUUUGAACCCUCAGUGAAAAAAAUAAGCAAAACAUGAAUUUUGUCGUAAAAAAAGCUUGAAAACCGACUAGAUGAAAAUUUGAGCUUUUUGUGCCGGGCCGUCUAUUUUUGCUUGAAACCCUCUAAGGCCGUGAGAAAAUGGCUCAAUAUUUGGACCAACUUUGAAAAUUUUGUUUAGGAGUCGAGGCUUGUGAGUCGGCGGUAAAAUUGGCGCGCAGAUGGGCGUAUGACGUCAAAGGCGUUGCUCCGAAUGAAGCCAGAGUAAGACUUUUUCAAUUAGUGAACGCAUUGAACACUUUUGGCACAAUUUCCAGUGAAAAUAUUUGCAGGUGGUUUUCGCCGAAGACAAUUUCUGGGGCCGGUCGAUCGCCGCAAUUUCGGCGUCCAAUGAUCCUGAUUCUUACAGCGGAUUUGGGCCGUUUGUGCCUGGAUUCGAUCGCGUUCCCUACAACGACCUGGCAGCCGUUGAGGUUUACAUAUUUUCAGCACGAAUUAUUUGAUUGAAAAAAAAUUGUGAAUAUGUUUACUUGAAAAAAUCCAAACAGUUGUGACCGUUAACUGUGUGUUGUGUUGUCCGCGGCUUUGAGAAAACACUUUUUUUUUACUAGGAUCUAGUGAAGACUUAGCGUUUUCUUAACUGUUAAUUCUUUUUUCCUCUCUGUCACUGACCGUAAGACUUUUUAGGGGUGGAAACAAUCUUGUGAUCGUCUCCUUCCAAUGGUCAAUAAAUACUUGUGAAAGUAGGCUCUGAAAGGAGUUAGAAAUGCUCAGUUUCGGGUCAAGUCUGACUGCUAAAGUUUCUUUCUCUAGGAGGGUCGUUUUCACAGCAGGUUUUCAUUUUUGAGGAUGAUGUAUGGCUCUGAAAAAAACGCUAUAUUAUUCCUUUUCUUAAAAUAAUCAUUUGACGGUGAAAUAUCAUCUAAAUUCUAAUAAAAAAAGUUUAGAAAGCCGUCUCCCGCAAAAAUGUCGCCGCUUUUAUGGUGGAACCUGUACAGGGGGAAGCUGGUGUCGUUGUUCCAGAUCCUGGUUACCUGAAGGUUAAUGAAAACGGAAAAUACAACGAACUCACCUUUUUGACGAUCCCAGGGCGUCGCUGAAGUUUGCAAGAAACACAACGUUCUCUUCAUUGCCGACGAGGUCCAGUCAGGUCUCGGUAGAACUGGAAAGUGGGUUUGCUCCUCCUUUGGUCUUCAAAAGUCGUUAGAAGUUUGAGAUUUUCACUUGAAUGCGCGUUUUCGCACAAAAUUUUGGGACCAUAUUUGCAAUUAGCGUAGAAAAAAUAUAGCUGAUUCACUGCCGCUUUGAGCCAUUGAGAAGUGGGUCCUGACACGAUAAAAGAAGAGAUAGCGCCUAGUGGGUGGAGAGCGCAGGUAGGCCACGUCUCCUAGCAUCUCAAGUUAGCCGUCAAUCGGCUAUAAAUCUAGAAAACUUUGUCGCAUUCAGAAGCCCCACUUCAUUUAGACCAUUCCCUCGGCAGUGUUUUGACAUUUUUUUCAAAUCUGUGAAAUUUUAAAAACAUUAAUUAAAAAAAAGUCAUUAUAUUCAGCGCAAUUUUCUUACUUGAAAUUUCGCUUUUGACUUUAUUAAACCAAAAGUUCGUUUCAAGGCUUCUGGCGCAUUACCAUGAUGGCGUUCGGCCUGAUAUCGUCGUUCUGGGUAAGGCACUGUCCGGCGGCGUGUACCCCGUUUCGGCGGUCCUCUGCGAUGAUCACAUCAUGCUCAACAUCAAGCCUGGACAGCAUGGCUCCACUUAUGGAGGCAAUCCACUUGCCGCCAAAAUCGCCAUGGCUGCCCUUCAGGUGCCUCUUCUUUUUUUUUCGAGUUCACGAGCCGUCUUUCUCAAAAAAUGUUCUUAAAUCGGAAGAAGAAGUGACUAAUGAUUUCAUCAAGACCAUAGAUAUUUGAGAAAGUUUCGCAAAAUUUCAAGAGCAUGACUAAUAUUACAUCUAUCUUCAAAAUACCUCCUUUCAGAUUCUUCAAGAAGAGAAAUUGGUGGAAAACUCGGCAGAAAUGGGAAACGUACUGAUGGAACGCCUUCGGCGAUUGCCCAACGAUGUCGUGACGACGGUCCGCGGCCGAGGGCUUUUCUGUGCCAUUGUCAUCAACAAAAGUCUGUUGAAUGGUGUUGAAUCUAGAAAGAGGAAUUUCCAGAGUACGACGCCUGGAAGGUCUGCCUGAAACUGAAGGAGAACGGCCUCUUGGCGAAAAACACCCAUGGGGAUAUUAUUCGCUUCGCCCCGCCUCUUUGCAUCAGCCGUGCUGAGGUUGGAGAACAGUUCUGAGUCUUGUCAAUUAUCUCACAGAGAAAAUGAUGAUUCAAAAAGGAACAAUGGCGUUUGCAGGUGGAGGAAGCUGCAGAUAUCAUUGAGAAGUCCAUCAGAGAAUUUGUCGAUGAAGUGGACGGGAAGGAAGAGGAGAAGCUCAAACAGCAUGCCACGAACGCAUAA